GCUGCAGCAACACAAGCUAGCCACUCCAUACAAGCUGAUGAGGAGGAGGGGGAGGAAGCAGUUGCUGCUGCUGCUGCAGCAGAGCUGCAGCAGCACAGCGCCCUGCACUCCAAGAAAACCCUAGCAGCAAAAAGAAAGCUCAAGAAGCAAAAGCAACGCAUCCAGAAGCGCCUAGUCCGCAAGCAGCAAAGAAUUGAAGAGCAGCAAAGCCAGUUGGGUUCUGCUGCUUCUGCUGCCAUUCUGGACCUCAUUUACGACCCCCACUCGCUCGCGGAGAAGCUCUUCAGCCGCGUGCGUCAGCAGCGGGAGAGCUUCAGCACGCGUUUGGUGUUUGUGAAUUUGCUGGCGCGGCUGGUGGGGCACCACCGUUUGCUGCUGUCUCCUUUUUAUAACUACUUGUCUCUUUAUUUGUCUCCAACUCAGAGACUGUCUCCGCAGCUGCUGGCAGCAGCAGCAACUGCUGCUCAUGCUGCAGUUCCUGCUGCAGAGCUGCUGCCGCUGCUCAAGACCAUCGCCGACAACUUCGUCUCCGAAACCCGCGGCGAAGAGGCCAUCACUCUCGGCCUCAACGCC